AUGUUAAUCAUCAUUUUGUUAAAUUUAUAACUAGUAGUAUACACACGUUAUACAGCUACAAGAUUAAAAAAUACUGUGCCUUUUAAAUAAUAUAAAGUUAAUACAAAUGAAAUAACAGUAUAAAGAACAGGACAUGAAAUAAAAUUAGAAUAAAAUCUCAUAUUGGAAAUUAGAUAAGAAAAGUCUGAUUAAAUUGAUAUUCAAAUAUAUGAUGAGGCAAAUAAUCAUUUUAGAAUACCAUCUAGUCCUGUAUUUGAAUUCAAUUAUAAUAGCCUUUUGACUAUAAUGAUGUUAAAGAUCCUUAAUAAUUUGCUAAUUAUGAUUAUGAGAUUGAUGUAGAAUAAAAUUGUUUAGAAAUAAAAGUAUAAAGAGAUAAUGCAACAAUAUUUACAUUAAGUGAUUUAAUAUUUAGUGAAAGAUAUAUAGAAUUUACACAUUAUCCAUAAAACAAAUAAAUGUGGGGUUUAGGAGAAAGGAAUUAAGUUGGAUUUCGUUUUAGAGAAGGAAUAUAUACAUUGUAUGCAAGAGAUGAGCCAAAUAUAAUAGAGGAUGGAAAGAGACCUGGAAAACAUGUUUAUUCUAGUCAUCCUGUAUUAUUAAGUAUGGAAGAAAGUGGGAAAUUUAAUAUAAUGUUCUAUAAAAGUUCAUCUCCGAUGGAUAUAAAAUAUGAGUAAGAUUAAAUGAAAUUUAUAACAAUUGGAGGGAUAAUAAAUAUAAAAUUAUUUUUAGGUGAUGAAUAUCCAAGAAGUGUAAUUAAAAAAUAUCAUUAAUAUUUGGGAGGUUGGAUGCUUCCACCAUUUUGGGGAUUUGGAUUUCAUUAAUGUAGAUGGGGAUAUUAGAAUAGUAGUGUUUUAAUAGAUGUUGU